AUUUUGUUCAGGUUCAUGAUUAAGUAUUGACCCUAAGGCUGCAGUUAUGUCGGAUGGAGCACUGUCAUAUUUUCUCUAUUUAUAUAGUUUGGUGUAUCAGGCCCUCGUUCCCUGCCCAGUUCCUGAGCAGUUGCCUGCCAACACUAUCAACCGUCAGCAGUAUCUGGGGAAAUGGUACUUUAAAGCAGCAGUCAGUCUAAGAGAGGCUGACAUCCAGAAAUUCAAAGCAAUGGACAACAUGUUAUUCAGCAUCGAGGAGAAAGCCAAUGACACACUGCUGCUGACCGGAAAUAUGCGACUGGGAGAUAAAUGUAUGAACCAGACCUGGACCUAUUAUAUAUAUCCUGAAAGGGAUGAUUUGGAGCUGGAGGGAAGGCCGCAGAGGAGGAGCCUGCUCUGGAGCGGCAAAUGGGCCAACUGCUCCAACUGCAUCAUUUUCCAGGAAGUGGAGCCACCGCUAAGCCAAACAGACUCAGUGGACUCCCUCAACAGAUUCAUGCUGUACGCUCGGCAGGGUGAUGUGGACCCUGAGGUGGUGACAACAUUUCUGAAAAAUUCUGCUUGUCAUCAAAUGUCGGCAAGUGUCAGACUACCUCAAACGAAAGAGUUUUGUGCCUAAAUCUUAACACUGAGGAUGUUGCUGUGACCUUGGACGCCCAGGACAACAGUACGUUUAUUUCUUGUUUUCCCUGUAAAGCAGUGAAAAAAAUAAAAGCAAAAAUACAAGCA